AAGCUGCUGCAUCUGUAGAGGGGAAACAAAAUGGCGGCUUGUGGUGUUUAGUAGCUGGGGGUUUAUUUUAGAUGACAGGAGCCGCCCGGAGUUUUGUUCUUCUUUUUCAUAGUUUUUUAUUUUAAUUAUACUGCAUUCAAGUUUGUUUUUAAGUCCCGUUGAAGUCAAAACGAUUCUGACGGAACAUUUGGAGAAAGUUUGCUCCAGUGAGGCGUCUUCAACAAAGCGGUUUCUCUCAGAAUGACGAAGGAGGAGGAUAAAGUGAUUCCGGUUCGUGUGGCUCUCCGCUGCCGUCCUCUGGUUCCUAAAGAGCUGAAUGAAGGAUGUCAGAGCUGUUUAACCUUCACCCCUGGAGAGCCCCAGGUGGUGGUGGGUAACGAUAAAGCUUUCACGUACGACUACGUGUUCGAUCCGAGUACGGAGCAGGAGGAAGUGUUCAACACGGCCGUGUCUCCUUUACUCUCAGGCCUUUUCAAAGGUUAUAAUGCCACGGUGCUUGCGUACGGUCAGACCGGCUCGGGGAAGACGUUCUCCAUGGGAGGUACCUACACGUCUGCGCAGGAGGAUGAGCCCAUCGUCGGAGUCAUUCCCAGAGUGGUCCGGAAAAUCUUUCAGGAAAAGGACAAGAAGCCAGAGUGCGAGUUCCUCCUCACUGUUUCAUAUCUCGAGAUUUACAACGAAGAGAUUUUGGACCUUCUGUGUACCUCAAAGGACAAACCAGUUAUCAGCAUCAGAGAAGAUCCAAAGGAAGGCAUCAAAAUUGUAGGUCUGACUGAGAAGGAGGUGUUCGCUGCUCAGGAGAUGGUGGGCUGUUUGGAGAUUGGGAACUCUGCUCGUACCGUGGGCUCCACGGCCAUGAACGCCGCUUCGUCACGUUCCCACGCUAUCUUCACCAUCAGCCUGGAACAGCGCCGUGGACGUGACAAGAACGAUUCGGUGGUCUCCAAAUUGCACUUGGUAGAUCUGGCUGGAUCCGAGAGGCAGAAGAAGACUAAAGCUGAAGGAGAUCGCCUGAAAGAGGGAAUCAGUAUAAACAGAGGCCUGCUGUCUUUGGGAAAUGUGAUCAGUGCACUCGGGGAUGAGAGCAAGAAGGGCACGUUCGUACCCUACAGAGACUCCAAGCUGACUCGUCUUCUGCAGGACUCCUUGGGAGGAAACAGUCACACCUUAAUGAUCGCGUGCGUCAGUCCGGCCGACUCGAACAUCGAGGAGACCAUCAACACGCUGCGUUACGCAGACCGCGCACGCAAAAUCAAGAACAAACCGGUUCUCAACGUGGAUCCUAGAGCUGCUGAGAUGAAACGGCUCAAGCAGCAGGUGCAAGAGCUCCAGGUGAUGUUGCUGCACGCUCGAGGGGGCGUGGCUCCUGUACUUUCAGGGUCCGAGGAAUCCGGGAACGCGUCGAAGGUCCUGGAGCGUAAUCGCAUUCUGCAGGAGCAGAACAGCAAGCUGAGUCGAGAGCUGAGCGAGGCCGUGGGACAGACCGCCCUCAUGUGUGAACGUGUCAUCAUGACGGAGCAAGUCAACGAGAAACUUCAGAGCAAACUAGAGGAACUGAGGCAGCAUGCUGCGUGUAAAGUGGACCUUCAGAAGGUAAUGGAGACACUAGAAGAUCAAGAGCUGAAGGAGAAUGUGGAGGUCAUCCGAAACCUUCAGCAUGUCAUCCUGGAGCUGCAACAUGAGAGUGCAGGGAUCGCAGCCACCAUAGACGCCAUGACCUCGGGCAAUUCCACGUCUCUGGAGGUCGACACAGAGGGUAACUGUGCAGAUACGAGCCGCAGUCCUGCCUCUGGAUCACCCCUGGCCAGCAGUUCUGAAGCUCAGCACAAGGACGCCUCUGAGACGUUCACUACCCAGCAUGCUCUGAGGCAGGCUCAGAUGUCAAAAGAGCUUAUUGAGCUCAAUAAGGUUCUUGCACUUAAAGAGGCCUUUGUCAAGAAAAUGUGCCAGAAUGACAGUCACCUGGAGCCCAUACAGACGGAAUACCAGGAGAACAUCAAAAACCUCCAGUCUGAAGUGGGAUCCCUACAGAAGGAGAAGGAAGAUCUGAUCCUUGCACUGCACUCUGCUAAGAAAGAUAACAAUCAAGCAAAGUUGAGUGAGCAGCGCAGGAAGAGGUUACAGGAGCUGGAAGGCCAGAUGACCGAGCUGAAGAAGAAACUCCAGGACCAGUCCAAGCUUCUGAAGCUGAAAGAGACAUCAGUACGCAGCGUCACUAAGCUCAACCAGGAGAUUCAGGCUAUGAAAGCUCAGAGAGUGCAGCUGAUGAGACAGAUGAAGGAAGACUCUGAGAAAUUUCGCAUUUGGAAGCUGAAGAAGGAUAAAGAAGUUUUGCAGCUCAAAGAAAAGGACCGUAAACGUCAGUACGAGAUGCUGAAACUGGAACGAGACUUCCAGAAACAGGCGAAUGUUCUGCGACGCAAAACGGAGGAGGCUGCUGCAGCUAACAAACGUCUGAAGGACGCUCUUCAGAAGAGAAGCGAAGUGGCCGAGAAACGUAAAGACACUCAGAAUCGCGGGAUGGAGGGAGUCGCAAGCAGAGUCAAGACCUGGCUGCUGAACGAGGUGGAGGUGCUGGUGAGUACAGAGGAAGCUCGACGCCACCUACAGGACCUUCUCGAGGACAGGAAGAUGUUAGCUGAGGAGAUUGUACAACUCCGCCAGCAGAUGGAUUCUGGAGAAAAACCGGUUGCUAAAGUCCGCCGCCGCACCCUGACCAUCUCUGAGCUGGAGGGAAAAGGAGAGCUGGAGGCUUCCAUCAGUAAACAAGUGGACAACCUGGAGACUGAGAUGGAGCUCAGGAGUGCUCAAAUCGCCGACCUUCAGCAAAAGGUUCUGGAUGCCGAUAACGAAGGCCGAAUGAAGCAGCGCUGGGACUCGAUCACCACCAUCUUGGAGGCCAAGAGCGCCUUGAAAAUUCUCAUGUCUGAGGUCGUGGUGGCCAAGACGGCAAACGCGAAGCUGGAGAGCGAGCUGAAGCAGGAACAGGCCAACCACGUAGACCUGCAGAAGAUUCUGUGUGAUGAAAGGAAGCUGAUGUCUACCAUGGACAUGGAGCACCAGAGACACCUUGUAGACCUCGAGCAGAGACACCAGGAAAAGGUCCUUUAUCUCCUCAGUCAGCUACAGAACAAACCCAUGGAGGAGGAAAAGCAGCAGGAGGAGGAAAAACAAGAGACAUCGAAGAGAGAAAGAGAGCUUCUGCAGCGUUUGAAGUUUCAGGAGGAGGAGCUUGAGAAGAUGAGAGAACUCACUGAGCAGAACCAGAAACUCCUGGAAGAAACAGAACAAUACAAACAGAAGUUACUUAUGGUUCAGUUGACCAGCGCAAAGAAAAUACCGCCAGCUGUAAGCGAGUCACCGGACACGUCGUUUGAAUAUAUUCCUCCUAAGCCGAAAUCCAAAACUUCCACGGCACGAGCACCUCUGCAGGAACCCACCAUCGACCUGGAUGAGCUGGUGUCUCCAUCGGAGUCUGAGAAGGAGGAGGACGAGUGGCGUCCGGAGAAGAAAGAAAGGAACAAACGAGGCUCCAAGAAGUGUAAAAUGACCGGGUGCGCGUGUAAGGGCCGAUGCGUCAACAAACUGUGCCGCUGCCGCAAAGGGCGACUGACGUGCGGCGAGAACUGUCUCUGUGACCACGAGAAGUGUCGGAACAUGGACAACCGUACCAGCAUGGACUUUGCUGAGAUAAACGAAGCCUCCAAAAACUCUGUUACGAUUCCUGAAGACCCCAUGGCUGUAAGCCCUCGAGAUGCCACCUUCUUCAGACCUCCUUGUGUUCCACCAACAAACAAGGAAAUCGGAGACAUCAGUAACCUGUCGUCGGUUCUGAAGCUGGAGAAGAAGCCUGUUCUGGCCGAUCCGGACAGCGAGAGCGAGGAGUCCGAAGAGUCCGUCAUGCCCAGCUUCCUGCGCAAGAACAAGCGAGGACUGAACAGCUUCAAGAACAGCUUCUUCUCCGGCUGCACUCCUGUCCGAGAGGAAUCCUGAAGCAGCAGGAACACUCACUCGUCCCUUUCACCUUUCUCUUCUCUUCUUUUCCUCCUUCAUGUACAUGUUGUCUUCUGCAUCUGAUCAUCUUUGUGUUAAAAUGUCUCCUGUCCGUCUGUUUUUGUGUCUUUUAACCCGAGCUCCUGUAACAUUAGUACCUUUUUGUAGUAAAAUAAUAAAUGAUUUUUUUGUUGUUGAAAUAAACCCAUCUUAGACAUUUUUUUUUUUACAUUUUGGAUUAUCCGGAGUUCUUUUAGAGACGUUUCUGAGAUGAUCUCAAAUUAUAAAUAGAUUUCAAUAAAAUGAUUCCAAUGUU